UGAGGGAAAUUUCAAACACCCCCCCACCACGGCUAAGAAAUGGUAUCGUCCAAAGAUGGCAGCCUCCGUGUGGAAGCGAUGUGUGACUGCAGCUGUCAAAGUUAAAUGUUUAUCUCCGUCUUUUUCAGCCAGAAGAUGGUUGCUCUCAGCAGCUUACACAGAUACCAAAGUGUGGGAGGCGAGAGAGAAAGAUCCUCAGAACCUGGCUGUACUGGCUACCACUAUGGACAGGACAUACGACAGGAAUCUCCCAGUUAGCUCUCUGACUGUGUCACGGUUUGUUGACAACAUUUCAUCUCGAGAGGAAGUUGAUCAAGCAGAGUACUACCUUUACAAGUUUCGUCACAGUCCAAACUGUUGGUACUUGAGAGACUGGACCAUUCACAGCUGGAUCAGGCAGUGUCUAAAAUACGGCGCCAGAGAGAAGGCCCUGCACACACUUAAAAACAAGGUCCAGUAUGGAAUAUUCCCAGAUGACUUCACCUUCAACCUUUUCAUAGAUUCUUACAUUAAGGAUGGAGACUUUAAAAGCGCAUGCUCUGUGGUUGAGGAGGUGAUGCUUCAGGAGGCCUUCAACCUUCCCUCCACACAGAUCUUGUCUCUGUACGCCCUGGGCAGUUUCCUAGCAACCAGACCACAACUCGCUGUGUCAGAGGAGCGGGCGUUGGGAGCAUCACUGCUCAUCUGUGGACUGAAGCAAGACAACACCGUUGGCCUGAGCGCUCAGCUACUUGGCAAUGCUCUGCUAGGCAAGGUGGAGAUGUUAAAGGGCAUACAUGCCGUGUUCAAAGGGAUGCCUCUCUUCUGGUCCCAUGGAUAUCUGGGCCGAGCGCUGGCUGUCAUGGAGAGAGUGGCUGCUGCUUCAGGCGACGUCAAGCUGUCUAAAGACACACUGGACUACAUAAAUGGCUUGCUGCAGGAACUGUCUUCUACCUCAGACAGCGACUCCUCUGGAGAGGAGUCAGCAGGUGAGGGGGAAAAGAAAGAAGACAUCGUAGAUGAAGAUGAUCAGGCCGAGCAGGCUAAGCUACCUCAAUAUGUCAGCAGAUUCAAGGAACUGAGCAGCCAGCUGGAGUCUCAGGAUAAACUGGACCCUGCCUCCUUCCAGGCUUUAGUGACCACUCUGGCCCAGCAGGACUUGGCCGCUGCAGAGAAACCUGACUUGGAGCAGUACAAGAGCCGGGUGCAGGCCUGGGAGUCCGAGAACAGGCAGCUGAUCCAGAGAGAGAAAGAGAUGAGGGAGAAGGCCGAGCAAGAGAAACAGGAGCGGUUAGCUGCCAGGGCUGCAGCCCAGCAGGCGUAGAGACCCUGAAGAUGGAGCUGAAUCAGUGAUCACUGAACUGUAUUUUGCGUAUGCACAUUGGAAUUGUGUAAUAAGAGUUUUAUGUCUCUAAAAUUGUGAAAUAUCAACAUUGACCACAUUACAUCUGCUUGUUCCACUACUUAGUUUUGUUUACUCAUAUUGUGUACUUAUGUCAUAAGUAUUGCUCUGCAAAUAUAAUAAUUAUGUCAGAAA